AUGGUUCUGGCCGACGUUCUCAAGCGAUGGCAGCAGAUCAACGGCAAAGAAGCUCUCCUCUGUACUGGCACCGACGAGCACGGCAUGAAGAUUCAGCAGGCAGCAGCCAAAGAAGGAAUGCCACCAAAAGAAUUUUGUGACAACAACGCCAGCAAGUUCAGGGACCUUGCUGAAGUCGCUAACAUCUCUCACGACUUUUUUAUCCGAACUACCGACGAGGACCACAAGCUUGUUGUGGAGCAGUUCUGGCUGCUUCUCAAGACUCGUGCUCCUGAAGGUCUGGGUUUGUACAAGGGACAGCAUGAGGGUUGGUACUGUGUCAGUGAUGAGUGCUUUUAUCCCGAAGAUCUGGUCCAGCCAAGCGUAGUACCGCAGACGGGACGCAAGAUCAUGGCCAGCAUCGAGACGGGUAACGAGGUUGAAUGGGUCACAGAAGAUACCUGGUUCUUCCCCCUAUCCAAGUACAAGGAGAAGCUACUCAAGUUCUAUGACGAGAACCCCAACUGGAUCCAGCCAGCUCACCGCAUGAACGAAGUGAGGAACUGGGUUGAGCACCACCUCGAGGAUCUCUCCAUCACCCGCCCAGCGUCAAGAUUGAGCUGGGGAAUCAAGGACCCUGAAGAUCCCUCCAACACCAUCUACGUCUGGGUCGACGCCCUCAUCAACUACAUCACCAAAGCCGGUUUCGGCUCCAAGUGGCAAGUCGACAGCGCCGACAAGGGCAUCUGGCCAGCAGACGUCCAAGUCGUGGGCAAGGACAUUAUCCGCUUCCACGCCAUCUACUGGCCCGCGCUGCUUAUGGCCGUAGGCCUCCCCCUGCCCAAGAAGAUUGUCUGCCACAACCACUGGACCAUGUCGAACCGCAAAAUGUCCAAGUCGCUCGGCAACGUCGUCAACCCAUUCUUCGCAGUUCAGCGAUGGAACUUGGAUCCCCUACGGUACUUUCUCAUGCGCAACGGUAGCUUCAAGGGUGACAUGAGCUACGCAAACGAUUUCAUCAUUGUUGCGUAUGAGAAGGAGCUCCAGGCCAACAUUGGCAACCUGUUUAACCGUAUCUCUCGGAACAAGACUGGCAGGUGGUCGACUCUUGAGGCUACUGAAUUCGCUCGAGAAGGCAAGUUCAAUGACAUCGCCGGGUUGGCUGCCGAGGGUCCUGAUUUGUUGAGUCUCGAGCCAACAUUGGACACUGCGCCUGAAAAGAUUCGCAACGAGAUGGAUGAUAUUAACUUGAGUGGCGCUCUCCGGGAGGUAUUUGAGCUUCUUCGAGAGACUAAUCGCUUCAUCUCUGAUACUGCCCCUUGGCAUAUGGUCAAGGACACAAGUCCAGAGGCUCGAGUUCGUCUUAACUGGGUCAUCUACCGAUCCGCCGAAGCUCUACGCAUUGCAGGCAUUAUGCUCCAGCCCGUCAUGCCGACCAAGGCAGGCGAGUUGCUUGAUGGCCUCGGCGUCAAGCCAGAGAGACGUACCGUCGAGUUCGCGGUAAAAGGUGCUGAUCUUGAGUACGGCGUCGCACCUCUUCAGCCCCAAAAGCUCGGAGACAGCGGCAAGAAGAUUGACCCCAAGCCUAAUGCGUGGGCGUCUCUAUUCCCUCCGGUAUCAGGCAUCGAGCUGCCAGACUAUGAGGCCGUGACGGGACAGGCUGCGCCAACAAAGGCGGGCAAGACCAAGAACCGCCUAAGCCGGAUGUCCAUUUCGACUCCAGGGGUCCUCCUGGUCCCGUACGAGUCACACCAUGUGAGGCAAUACCACGCAUGGAUGCAAGACCCUGACAUUCAAGAAGCUACGGCCUCGGAGCCCAUGACGUUGGAGGAAGAGUACGAGAACCAGCAGUCGUGGCGCACUUCUUCAGACAAGCUCACCUUUAUUGUGUGCGCGCCGCUUCAAGAGUCUACGCCUGUGGUUAAAGCUGGCACGCAGGAUGCAGAUGAACUCAUGCGAGGCGACAUCAACUUUUUCCUACACACCUACGAAGCAUCUGAAGAAGAAGAAUCCCUCGCCCAAGCGGAAAACUGGCUCACGGGCGAAGUAGACGUGAUGAUAGCCUCCCCGUCACACCGCGGGAGGGGCAUGGGCCGAGCCGCAGUGCAAGCCCUCCUCGCCUACCUCCGCAGACACAUGGGAGAAAUGCUGGCCGAGUACGGAGGAGGCGAGCUCAAGGGUCUGAUGGUCAAGAUCAAGGAGAGCAACGCGGGGAGCAGGGCGCUGUUUGACAAGAUGGGGUUUGAGCAGAGAGGCGGGGUUAAUUACUUUGGCGAGGUUGUCAUGGGGAAGGAGUAUGAGGAGCUGGGGUAUGAGGGCAUCGUGGAAUAG